GCUGGCGUUGACACCCUGGAGACGAGGAAAACAGUGAGAGGGAGGAGUUUGAAUCGGAAAGUUCUCGGUGUUUGUUGUUGUAGCCGAUACAAACUCGUAAAUCCACUUUAGAGAGGACGAGGAUGGCAAGUCAGGGCGUCGGAAAUGGCGGGGUAGCUGCUGGAGGAGGGGGCCUCGGUGCCAGUGGCUCGGCUUUCUCGGUCACCCCUUUCUCUGUGUCGGGCCCAGGAGCUGGCCUGGGUCCGCUGGUCUCCGUGUGGGAGUGGGAAGACGAGGCGGGUCGUUGGAGGCCCUACAGCAGCCGGGUGAGCGAGCACAUAGAGCGCAACCUCCAGCAUUUGCAGGGAGCGGCUGCGGCGACAGCUAAAGGAAUCAACAGCAUCUCCCUGGGCCAGGCCGAGCCCAGGUUGGCUCCCUACAUCAUCGAUAUCCCCACACUCACCCAGUUCCGACAAGACACUGGAAGAAUGAGGCGAGUUAGGAGGCAACUAUAUGCUCAGUCAUCUGCACCUGGACAAGGAUUGUUAUGGCAAUGGGAAAACGAUGAAGGUGGCUGGACGACCUAUGAAAUGACCAUUUCCAUUUUUAUAGAGGAUUGUCUUGCUGCAAAGCAGCAGAUAGUGGACUUGGGGCACUACGGUUACAACUACGUUGUGAAUUUUGCCAGCUUGUGUCAGAUAAAUAAAACCACUGGGUUCAAAAGACGAGUUCAAAGACUUUCUGAUGCACCCUAUCCAUCAGCUGUUUUUGGAUUGAUCCAUGGAAGUCAAAUCUGUUCUUGCAAUCAGUGUUUAGCUUAUACCGGCUCUGGACCUAUUUCAAAUCGUAGUCGAUACACUGUUUCCAACUUGGCAGGCCCUUCUACUCAGCUAGGUUCAAAUAGAUCAUCUCUAAUGAUGUCUCAUAAUCAUGGAUACUCUCCUUACAUCAAGAGACCAGCGUCAGUAGGCCCUAUGUCUUUUGGAAGCCCCAGUCGGCCAGUUACUACAGCAGCUACUCCGGGUCAAUCUACAACCUAUAGCUCUCAGUUCACCAAUAGUUCAAGCAUUCAAACGUUGCCAAUACAGCUGAAUGGUCCAAACAAUGUAUUCCCAGCAUUUGCAGGCAUGACUGCAAUUCUGAUGUGUGCUGCUGGACUGCCUGUGUGCUUCACCCACGCAACUAAACCUGUACACAAUCCUGACUCAAGAAAAAGCGGUAAAAAACUCAGCACUGCCCAAGAUAAAUCAUUUAGGAGAUCGAAGAAAGUAUCCAGAAAAGAAAUGGUAAAGGAUCCGGAGGAGGUGGUAAACAAGUAUAUGAUGAGAAUAGAAGAAAUUCCAGAUGAGGAUUGUAUAAUCUGCAUGGAGAAGUUGAGUACCUUGUCUGGCUAUGAUGGAAUGUCCAGGACAAGAACCAUUCGGCCGGGUGCAGUGGGGAAGUUCACAAGAUGUGGCCAUGUCUUCCACUUAUUGUGUAUGAUGGCCAUGUAUGAAAAUGGAAACAAGGAUGGCAGUUUACAGUGUCCUUCAUGUAAGACCAUCUAUGGUGAGAAGACUGGAACACAGCCAAAAGGAAAAAUGGACAUUUAUUUACUACCACAGUCACUGCCUGGAUAUCCAGACUCUGGAUCUAUACAAAUUGUAUAUAAUAUCCCUCAUGGUAUUCAGGGUCCAGAGCACCCUAACCCAGGUAAACCAUAUACUGCUCGUGGCUUCCCCCGGCACUGCUACCUGCCUUACUGUGAAAAGGGCAGACAGGUUCUGGAACUUCUCAAAGUAGCAUGGAACAGAAGGCUGAUUUUUACUGUGGGAACAUCAAGCACAACUGGGGAAACAGACACCGUGGUUUGGAAUGAAAUUCACCAUAAAACGGAGAUGGGGUCCAAUCUAUCAGGGCAUGGAUACCCUGACCCCAACUACCUGGACAAUGUCAUUGCAGAGCUGGCCGCUCAGGGCAUCACAGAGGAAUGUCUUCGGCAAUAAUUGAACAUGUUUUGGGAGGCCUGUCAAUCCAGUGCUGCUUGUCAGAAGGGUCUGAACUUCUGCACUUCUCUUUAAUGCAAGCCGUGUUUUCAUUUUCCUUCCUCCCUGUUUCUUUUAAAUGCAGAAUCAAUUUUGGUAGCUGUCUGUGGUGAAGCAGGGGUGCACAGGUUGCAUAUCCUAAGGCCAGACAUCUCUUGUUGCAGCACCAGUGAUUUUUCAGUUCAAAGCCAGACUGAGCUGAGCUGGACUCGCAUGUUUCUCCUUCUGUUUCCCCUCUGUUUCCCCACCUCCUCCUGCUGUCAUCUUGGAACGAUUUCAAUGCAUGUUUACAUAACAUUGGCCAACAAAAGCUUGAACAAAUUGAAUGUGGUUACAGUUUUUUGUGCAUUGUCUAAGAUGUUGCAAUUUACCGCAGCAGCCAUGUUAGAAACUGUAGCACCUGAACUUCUGUGUAUCCUUCUUGUUUAUCAAGUCUUUAAGCGUAAAAUUAAAAUAGAACAGAAUCUGAUUGACAAUAGAAUUUCUGUAAUGUGUGCACCACCAGCUGCUCAAAGUGGGGUUGGCAGUACACUUUGUAACAUGCAUUAUUAUCUGAUUCUAUGUUGAAAUACUACCUGAUCUUUGUGGCAUGAGGCUGUAAAGUCUUGUGUGUUACUAUUUGACUUUGGUAACAGAUUGUGUAGUUUUGUGCCCAAUUCUACUGCUUGUUUCAUACCUGGGGCAAGGCAGUGUAAUAUGCCAUCAGUAAAUUUGUCGUUUUUCUACUGGUUUCUAUUGUGCUCAGGGAAGCCUUGUAAUUAAGUGAUGUAAGUAAUAAUUUUUUUCCACGAGCAAAAUGGUUGCACCACAUUGUGUUCCAUUUAAAUUGCAGCAUAACAGAAUAUUUUGGUUUUGCCUCUCAUCAUCAAGAGUAGCUGAUAAAAUAGAAAUCUUCUCUGUGACAAACACUACCCUGAUCAGUGCAUCACAUUUCCUUUGUAUUUGAAAAGCCCCAUGAGUUGAGUAAUGACAAUAUGGGAAGUGGAAUGAUUUUCACAGGUUUCAUUAAGAGCAGUUGGCUAUAAUGUGGAAAUGAACUUCACCCUUAACUCCAACCCCUAUUGCAGUAAUGAUCUGCUAGUUAAGGAUAAAACUACUAGGAUGCAGAAGUCUGCUGCUGUCCUGAGACCAGAUUCCUGUUAUCAAAGCUUGUAGCAGAAGAAUACACAAACUUGAUAGAGGAAGUGGGUGGGCAAAGACUGGAAAGAGAAAUUGCUGCAGUACUUUUCAUGGUAUGGAAGGAUACAGACCAAUGCAGACAAAUUGAACUAGCCUAAUUGUGAAAACUGGAAAGCAUUUGCAAAUUGGACCGAAGCGCCUGUUUCUAUGCUGUGGAACUUUGACUCUAAAUAUAUGCAGUUUUCUUACACCAGUUCAUUUCUUUCCCCUGCUUUGGCUAUGGGGUAUUGAUUGAAAUUCAUUUAACUGGAGUACACUGUAAUCCCAAAUAGAACAUGUGCACAGAUUUCUUAAUUUAGAGAUGAUGGUCAUAAUACUUCAUAAACUAAUUUUCUUAAAGACAGCACAUUGAAGAUGAAGAAAAUGUGGAGUUUCCACAAGAGUGCCAUUGAUCUCCUCAGGUUUCAUGGAGUUUAUUGAUACCACUGAAUUUGAUAUGAUUAUCACAUCUUUUUACCAAUGAAUGAAUUUACCCUUUCUUGUAAUGUGUUAAAAUCACGUCAGCAUUCAGAUAUUGAAGUGCUAGGAAAUGUAGUGGAAGCAGCUGAGAGUCUGUGUUACUCAGCAUACCACAAAGUCUUUUUAAUGUGGAGAUGUGAUCUUUGAAGCCAAUCCCUCCAAGCACUCUGAACUUCAUAAACCCAAAGGGAAAUAUGAGACACUGGAGAAAUCAGUGCCUGGGUACAGAUUUGCAUGUUCCUGAAACUCUCAUCCUUCUGCCUACCCGGUUUACCCCAAGCUUGAUGCAAUAUGGAACUUUGCCAUGAUGGUCAAGCUAAGCUCAGGAACUAAGACAACAAACAGUUUAAGUCAGUCCCUCAAUUGAUAGACAAUGUCUGCUGACUUUCGAUGACCCAUUCUGCCAAAUCCGAGUUAAAUAUUAGUGAUCGAGACAGGCUGUCAAAACUCUGAGGCUCCGUAAGCACUAUCAAUCUAAAUCUCCCUCCAUCUUGUUUACUUCUACAUCCAAAUAUAAUACAAUACAAAAAUCCUUGCUAUGGUCGAACAAUUAAAGCUUUAGGAUAAAAUCUCUUGGUACUGGGAAGAAUGGAAAGGAGCAUCAAAGCAAGCACUCUUGACAACCACCAGCAGCCUCUCCAGAUGAGCAAACUCUCCUCUUGGUGCUGUGUCAGUACAUUUGCAGACCUAUUGACGGUCUAAUUUAACCAAAUCUCGACAAGCAAAUCAUCCGACCAUUGUGCUGUUUCUAAGAGAAUGUGAAACUUUAAAACAUUUGCACUAUUACCUGAUUGUUACAGUAUAAGAUACUGUUUGUGUUAGUAUACUAUUCAUUUUGGGCAACAAUUCUGUGCAGUUUUGUGCCCAAGUCUACAUCCUCUUCUACAAAUCUACAUGUUUGGCUCAAGGAAAUGUAACCUGCAAAUGAUUUUUCUAGCCCAGGUAUUGUGUUCAGGGAGGCAUCAAAUAACUGCAAUCUUAAAAUAGGUACAAGUUAUUUUUUGUUUGUUUUUAAAGAUAUUGCAAAGCAAAUUCAGUCUCCCUCUCCUGAACAUAACCAUGAUGUCACACUCUACUCCUGACACUUUUUUGGUAAGGUGAUUAUGAUUUUUUAGGCACUAAACUAGAAAUAAGAGUUAUUUUGAAUAGCACUGUUUGUCUAUACUUUGUCUUUUAUCAAUGACAGAGGCUUUGGUACUGUUUCUUAGAGUUUGAUUAUCAUUUAACAAGGAUGUCAGAAUUGUCAGAGACAAUACUUGUACCUUUUCUUCAUUUUUUUUCAUGAGAUGUAUGUAUCAUUGGCAAGUUUUAUUGCCUUUGAACUAAAUGUCUUAUUUGGCUAAUAGAGUACAGUUGAACAUCAGUCUAUUUGCUGUAGACCUGGAGUCAUGUGACUAGACCCAGUAAGGAUGGCGGGUUUCAUUAUCUAAAUGACUUUAGAAUUAGAUUAGUAUAACAAUCGAUGAUCGUUUCAUGGUCACCAAUACUGAGACAAACUUUCGGCACUGGAAUUGAUUGUUGGAACCUAAGUCCCUGAGAGCAUUACACUCAGCCUCUGGUUUACUAGUCCAGUGACAUCCCUUCUGUCUUUUUCACCUACCAGUUCACCUGCUUCACUUUGCAUCCACGUGCCCAUUUGUUUCUGCUUCACUUGUUUCCCCAGUUCCUAAUUUUUUAACCAACUUUUAAGCAGAGCAUAACAAGAAUGUUGUGAACCUUAACACUUGAGAACUAUGUUAUUAAGUAAAUUGAAGACGUGUUUCCAACCAGGUGGGGAUUAAGCUUGUAUUUGUGCUGUUAUCCCGGUGGCAUGUUAAUAACAUUUUUGAUUUUAUGUAAUUGUCUUUCGAAUUCCUAGAAAAGUUUGUGACCUGAUGUCUUUAGUAUUUUUUUUUCAGUUGUGCUGUUGCUUAAGAAUUUCUGGAUUCUAGAGGUU